AUAUAUAUACAUAGCAUAAUGAAGGUGACAGACCCCAAGUCCUCCUCACAGUCCUAGUCACAUUCCUCAAUGCAUACACACAAACCCAAUUGCUCUAUCCUAUUUUAAACCCCAUUGUUCAAUCAUUAGAUUGAAUCUCACUCGUCUUUUUCUUUCUUUUUCAAUCUUUUCUAUUCCUGCCCACAAAAGCAAGCAAAUCCACAGCUGUCAUUGGAUUCUUCCUGGAAGCUCUCUAAUUUCCACCGUUUGGGUCUUUGUUUCUUCCCUCAAAAGCUUCACUUUCUUUUGAAUCUCCUUUGGAGUCAUAGAAACAGCCUCUACAGUCACUUUCUUAGUCAAUUUGCUGUUUCUUAGGCACCAAGCUUGUAUGAACUCGUUUCUUUCUAUAUAUAUAACAUUAGAGUUUCUUUGUGUAUUUUUGAUUUGGAUCAAUUAUGGGUAAAGGUGGCCAUAUCAAUGUUAACAGAGAAAUCCCGAGUCCAAGAAAAACUCCAAAUCAUGAAGCCGAAACCUUCCAGGCAUGGGCGAAACAAGUCCAAGAAUGCGAAAAACACUACGAUGUCAACACAGUCUCAGGACUGACCUCUUCGGAGGUCGAAAAGCGCCGCCAAAUUCAUGGCUACAAUGAAUUGGACAAGCAUGAUGGUCCAUCGAUAUGGACCUUGAUUUUAGACCAAUUCAACGACACUCUUGUUCGAAUCCUCCUCGCCGCUGCCAUGGUCUCUAUCGUACUUGCCUUGUGCGAUGGAGGCCAAGAAGGCAGCGGCGACAAGCUCACACCCUUUGUAGAGCCUCUGGUCAUCUUCUUGAUCUUAAUAGUCAAUGCGAUUGUGGGUGUCUGGCAAGAAAACAAUGCAGAGAAAGCAUUGGAGGCUCUCAAAGAGAUCCAAUCCGAGCAAGCCACUGUGAUUCGAGACAAUCAGAGAAGUACCAAUUUAGUCGCGAAAGAGCUCGUUCCAGGCGACGUUGUUGAGCUCAAAGUGGGCGAUAAAGUCCCAGCAGACAUGAGAGUUGUGGAGCUUAUAAGCUCCACGGUUCGUGUCGAGCAGGGCUCAUUGACAGGCGAAAGCGAGGCGGUUAAUAAGACUAACAAGGCUGUGGCUGAAGAUGCUGACAUUCAAGGUAAAAAAUGUAUGGUUUUUGCAGGGACAACAGUUGUUAAUGGGAAUUGUAUUUGCUUGGUGACCCAAAUCGGAAUGGAGACAGAGAUUGGCAAAGUCCAUACCCAAAUCCAUUUUGCUUCGCAGAGCGAAGAAGACACUCCAUUGAAGAAGAAAUUGAACGAGUUUGGUGAAGCCUUGACUAAAAUCAUUGGGUUAAUCUGUGUGCUGGUUUGGAUCAUCAAUGUCAAGUACUUUUUCACUUGGGAGUAUGAUAAUGGGUUUUGGCCUAAGAAUUUCAAGUUUUCGUUCGAGAAAUGCACGUAUUACUUUGAAAUUGCCGUCGCGCUGGCUGUUGCGGCUAUCCCAGAAGGCUUGCCCGCAGUGAUCACCACGUGUUUGGCACUCGGCACUAGAAAGAUGGCGCAGAAGAAUGCGCUGGUGAGAAAAUUGCCCAGUGUGGAGACUUUGGGAUGUACAACUGUGAUUUGUUCUGAUAAAACUGGUACUCUGACUACGAAUCAAAUGGCAGCGGCGAAGAUUGUAGCCAUGGGUACUAAUUCAAAUGAGCUUAGAAGGUUUAAGGUGGAUGGGACUACUUAUAAUCCUUGUGAUGGAAAAAUUCACGAUUGGCCGGUGCACGGGAUGGAUGUUAAUCUUCAAAUGAUUGCAAAGAUUGCAGCUGUUUGCAACGAUGCCGGUGUUGCACAUUCAGAGCAUAAAUUUGUUGCCAGUGGAAUGCCUACCGAGGCAGCUCUAAAGGUUCUAGUUGAAAAAAUGGGCUUGCCUGAUGAAUCUGACGAUGAUGAGAUGUGCCCAAGUCCCAGUGAUUUGUUAUUAAGAUGUUGUCGCCACUGGAAGAGAACUGAACGUCGAAUUGCAACUCUUGAGUUUGAUAGGGAUAGGAAGUCCAUGGGUGUUAUUGUCAACUCUCAAUCCGGGAAUAAGACAUUGCUUGUUAAGGGUGCAGUAGAAAAUGUAUUGGAGAGAAGCACAAAAAUUCAAUUGCAUGAUGGUUCUGUCAUGGAAUUGGAUCAAAAUUCAAGGACCCUAAUUUUGGAAGCCCUCCAUGAAAUGUCAAGUUGCGCAUUGCGUUGUUUGGGUUUUGCAUACAAAGAUGAUCUCCUGGAUUUUGAAACGUAUGACGGCGAUGAUGAUCAUCCGGCUCAUGAGCUUUUGCUCAAACCAUCAAAUUAUUCAUCAAUCGAGAGUAAACUCACUUUUGUUGGCUUGGUUGGCCUGAGGGAUCCUCCUCGAAAAGAGGUUUACGGAGCAAUUCAGGACUGCAAGGUGGCUGGCAUCCGCGUUAUGGUUAUCACGGGAGAUAACAAGAACACAGCAGAAGCCAUAUGUCGCGAAAUAGGAGUGUUUGGACCCAAAGAAGACAUUAGUUUGAAAAGCUUAACCGGGAAAGAGCUCAUGGCGCUUCAUGAUCAGAAAGCCCACCUAAGAGAAAGUGGUGGUCUUUUGUUCUCUAGGGCCGAGCCACGACAUAAACAAGAAAUUGUGAAGUUGCUUAAAGAAGAUGGAGAGGUGGUUGCCAUGACCGGUGAUGGAGUGAAUGAUGCACCAGCUUUGAAACUAGCUGAUAUUGGAAUAGCUAUGGGAAUUGCUGGGACAGAGGUUGCUAAGGAAGCUUCUGAUAUGGUGCUGGCUGAUGAUAAUUUCAGUACGAUAGUUGCUGCAAUAGGUGAAGGGAGGUCUAUCUACAACAACAUGAAGGCUUUCAUCAGGUACAUGAUCUCCUCAAAUAUAGGUGAGGUUGCCUCAAUAUUUUUAACAGCGGCAUUAGGGAUCCCGGAAGGCCUAAUCCCUGUCCAACUCUUGUGGGUCAACCUUGUCACAGAUGGACCUCCUGCGACAGCCCUUGGAUUCAAUCCACCAGAUAGGGACAUCAUGAAGAAACCCCCUCGCCGAAGUGACGACAUGCUCAUCAGUCCUUGGACUUUAUUCCGCUAUCUGGUGAUUGGGCUAUAUGUUGGAAUGGCAACUGUUGGUGUAUUCAUCAUUUGGUACACACAUGGCUCAUUCUUAGGCAUUGACCUUAGUGGUGAUGGGCACACAUUGGUAACAUACUCUCAGCUUGCAAAUUGGGGCCAAUGCUCAUCUUGGGGAAAUUUCACAGUUUCACCAUUCACAGCUGGGAAUCAGGUCUUCUCAUUCGAUGACAACCCGUGUGAUUACUUCAAGCGCGGAAAAGUGAAAGCUACAACACUCUCUCUCUCCGUCCUGGUUGCCAUCGAAAUGUUCAAUUCACUCAAUGCCCUCUCUGAGGACUCGAGCCUCUGGACAAUGCCACCUUGGGUUAAUCCUUGGCUCCUUGUGGCAAUGUCAAUCUCAUUCAGCUUGCAUUUCCUGAUUCUCUAUGUGCCAUUCCUUGCUCAUGUGUUUGGCAUAGUGCCCCUCAGUGUUAAUGAAUGGGUCUUGGUUUUGAUUGUGGCUCUGCCAGUGAUUUUCAUUGAUGAAAUUCUGAAGUUUGUGGCAAGGUCCUCCAGAGGGUUUCUAGCAUCCAACACAAGGAAAUCUUUCAAGCCAAAGGCUGAGUGACACAAAUGGUGAAGAGUUGAGAAUGUUGCUAAUAAAGAUGCCUUUGAUUUGGAGACUUUUAAGAUGUAAAAUGCUAUACAGAAAGAGAUUUCUUACUCGAUUUUCUUAUUACUAGACAUGAAGCACACGAGUUUGGUAGGAAAAAAAAUAUGAUAAGAAAUCUGUUUAUGUAUAACAUUAGUCUUGUUUGAUACAAGUCUGUCAUAGAUGUAUUUCCUAUAAGCUUGUUAUACUUGGUCCAACUCUUGACCCUCAACAUUUGGUACAAGGAGGGAUGGGUUGGACAUUGAAGAACUCUGUGAACCUUUUUUGCACCUAUAUAUGUAUAUAUACCUUCCUUCAUCUUUUUAAUUUUCAUUUUUGUUUUAAAAUUAAGCUUGUGUAAAACUUCAAUUGAUGCAAAAUAUAAGUUUGAGAGAUUACGGCUU